AUGGCCGACGUAAUUGCGCUCCAAUUGCGCCAGCUCAUCGACGACCUCGCAGGCACAGACCGCAACAAAACCGCAGAAGCCUUUUCGAAAUGUGCGCAAAAGAUCCUCAAAUACACAACCGAGGCGAAAGCACUCAAGACCAAAGCCGAGGAGGACCAGAAAACUGUAGACAAUCUCGCUGGAAAGGUCGACGAGAUCAAAAAGCUGCUCGAUGCACGUUCCGCAGAUGGCUCCGAGGCAAAGUUGCAAGCACAGCUCCAAGCCCUUGUUCAGAUCUGUGAAGAAGCAUCCCAGAACUCGGAGGCACUCAAGGAAAAGGUCGCAAACUUCGGCACGCCGAUCAAGGCUGAACAGGACGAGCAGAUCGAGACGCUCGGCAAAGAAAAGGCGGCACUUCAGUCGAAGCUGGAGGGUCUCCAGAGUGUCGAAGCUACCAACCAGCAAAACGAGGGCAAACUCCAGCAGCUCCAAGGCGAGAUCAAUCGACUGAAGCCUUUCGAGACCAACCAGAAUCAACAGCAGGGCUUCAACAACUCUCUGAGUCAGGAGAAAGUCCAACUUGACCAAGAGAUCCGUGGAGUGAAGCAGACGAACGGCAAGUUGACAGAGCAGAUUGAUAAGCUGAAGGAGGCGGUCAAGGACCGAGAGAAGAAUCUCAAGGACGCAAAGGAAGAUGCGAACAGUCAGAAAGAAGCCAAGGAGAUUUUGGACGGAAAGCUGAAGUCAGCUGAGAAGGAAGCGAAAGAGUGGGAAAAGGCAGCAGGCGACAAGGACAACCGGAUACAAGCCGCCGCCGCUGCGGAGAAAGCUGCGGAGGGCAAGCUCGCGGAGGUCCGCAGCGAAAAGAACGAAUUGAUGAAUUCAAAGCAAAAGGAGGAGGAGAAAGCGGCCGAGGCUGUGAGGAAGGUGACAGGAUUGGAGACUGAGCGAGAUUUGGCCAGCAGCGCUCAAGCCAAGGCCGAGGAGGAGCGCAAGGCAAGCGAGCAGAAGGUGGCCGGGUUGGAGAAGGAGAGGGAUCUUGCGAAAGGCGCUCAAGCCAAAGCUGAGAAGGAACGCAAGGAAACCGGGCAAAAGGUUGCCGGGUUGGAGAUGGAGAGGGAUGUGGCCAAAGGCGCUCAAUCCAAGGCUGAGAAGGAGCGCAAGGAAAGCGAGCAGAGGGUUGCCGGGUUGGAGAUGGAGAGGGAUUUGGCCAAACGCGACCAAGCCAAGGCCGAAAAGGAGCGAGACGGUGCGAACUCCAAGGUCACCGGGUUGGAGAAGGAGAGGGAUCUGGCCAAACGCGACCAAGCCAAGGCCGAAAAGGAGCGAGACGGUGCGAACUCCAAGGUCACCGGCUUGGAGAGCGAGAGAAACUUCGCCAACAACGCCCAAUCCAAAGCCGAGAAGGAGCGUAGCGAUGCGAAUUCCAAGGUCACCGAGCUCGAAACGAUUGUCAAGGAGGCCAGAGAAAAGGCGAAGCAUGCCGAGCACGAACUCGAAGUGAACGAAUGCAGCCGCACUUUGGUGGACGAUAUGCGAGCCGAUCUCGGCCGAUCGCGGAAGGAGCUUACCGCCGCAAGGGGCACCAUCGGCAUCGAGAGGCAUCUUGCUAACGAAGCCAAAAUCGAUGAUGCCGACGGUAAGACGAAGGCCAGGGCAAAAACCGUCUUCACCCGCACGGACUUCUCAAAAGUGGUAGACAACUACCUCAAGGCCGUCAAAAAUGAUGGCAACAAAUACAGGUCGUGCAUUCAGCGCACUGCAAUCGAAAACCAGAGCCGGCAAGUCGGCUGGACUCCGUUGGUGACUGGGAUUCCCACAUCGAGAUGCAUACACUGCAUGGGCAAACCGAAGAAGCAAUGUAUCGUCAUCCAGAGUGAUCGAUACGCUGUUUUUCCUCCGGCGACCGGAGCCGCUGGUGGCGGAUUGGCGCAAGGUGGAGUUGUCGCGCCGGGAGGAGGUCUCGUGCUGGGAGGAAAUCUCGCGCCGGGAGGAGGUCUCGUGCCGGGAGGAAAUCUCGCGCCGGGAGGAGGUGGCGCGCCAGGCGGAGGUGGAAAUGCCGCGCCAGGUGGAGGCGGAAAUGCCGCGCCGGGUGGAGGUGGGAAUGCCCCGCCGGGUGCUGCGAAUGAUGAGGAAGAAUACUACGGCCGGUGGUGA